GAUCGGCCCUCACGUGGUUUAAAUGGGGCGGGGCCUAGUACGAGGGGAGCGUGUAAAGCUCAUUAAGAGAAGACGGUCGGCUUCGAGGCACAGCAGCUUCUGCACAGCUCCUCCACGUGUGACUGAAAGCUCAGGUAAAGAUGGCGAACUCCUUCGCGCGCCUGAUGUUGGGCCGCAACACUGCCGCCCUGCUGGCCACCAUGGGGGUGGGCACCAUGUCCGCCGGUUUUCUGUUGAGCGACGGGAGUUCUUUGGCGGCGGAGGCAAGGAAGAAGCUCUAUCCUGCCAGCUCCGACUUCCCCGACCUUCGCAAGCACAACAACUGCAUGGCCACGGCGCUGACACCGGCCAUUUACGCCAAACUGCGGGACAAGGUCACAUCCAACAAUUGGACUUUGGACCAGUGCAUCCAGACGGGCGUGGACAACCCCGGGCAUCCUUUCAUCAAGACCGUGGGCUGCGUGGCUGGCGACGAGGAGAGCUAUGAGGUAUUUGCGGAUCUCUUUGACCCGGUCAUCAAGGACCGCCACAAUGGAUACGACCCCAAAACCAUGACCCACCCCACGGAUCUGGACGCCUCCAAGGUGCUCACGUGCCACUCCGCUGCCAUAUUGCCGCCAACCAUUUCCUCCUCAAAAACGACACUGUGUCCUCGUCUUUUUUUUUUGCGCGUGGCCGUCACGGCGCUGGGUGGCCUCAAGGGAGACCUGGCAGGGCGCUACUACAGCCUGGCAGAGAUGACCGAGAGUGAGCAGCAGCAGCUCAUCGAUGACCACUUCCUGUUUGACAAGCCCGUGUCUCCCCUGCUGACAUGCGCCUUCAUGGCGCGAGACUGGCCUGACGCCAGGGGCAUCUGGCACAACAACGAGAAGACCUUCCUGAUCUGGAUUAACGAAGAGGACCACACCAGAGUCAUCUCCAUGGAGAAGGGGGGCAACAUGAAGAGGGUCUUUGAGAGAUUCUGCAGAGGACUUAAGCAGGUGGAACAUCUGAUCCAGGAGAGGGGCUGGGAGUUCAUGUGGAACGAACAUCUGGGCUACAUUCUCACUUGUCCCUCCAACCUGGGCACGGGGCUCAGGGCGGGCGUGCACGUGCGCCUUCCCAAACUCAGCAAGGAUCCCCGCUUCUCCAAGAUCUUGGACAACUUGCGUCUGCAGAAAAGGGGUACGGGUGGCGUGGACACGGCGGCCACAGGCGACACCUUUGACAUCUCCAACAAUGAUCGUCUGGGCAAGUCAGAGGUGGAGCUGGUGCAGGUGGUGGUGGACGGCGUCAACUACCUGAUCGAGUGCGAAAAGAGGCUGGAGAAGGGCCAAGACAUCAAGGUCCCGCCUCCCAUCGCCAUGUUUCGCAAAUAGAGGAUACAUGCAAGCGCAACCCACACAUCAGUAAAAGCUCUAGAUUAUGCUUGGGACUUCCUCUUGCCUCUUUUCACUUUCUGCACCAUAUGCAUAGACACGUCACACGAUCGCAAAAGAUUACAUCUAUUCCUGGGAAUGUCUGCUUGUGGACCUCAAAUCGAUAUAAAUCAAUCUCCCGGAUGCCAUGUUAUUAACCUGUCACUUGUUGCCAGGCAGAUUUAUGGCAGUCAUCCGUGCCACAAAGUCAAACUUGGGGCGCACCAUUGAAGUCCGUUUUAAACACAUGUUGCUCAGAAAAAUUCAUUGGAGCACAAUCCUUGGUGUCCCAAAAUAAAGAUUUAGCAAGCACUUGUUGCUAGGCAGAAUUAUUCACCCCCUUGCCAAAAGCCACCUUUAAAAAAAAAAAAACAAAACUUGUGCAAUCACUUGUUGCUGGGUAGGAUUCAUGCUGCCCUAAAAUCCAGUCACUUGCUAGAGAAAAUUUAAGGGGCAUAAUCAUUGGUGCCCUAAUCUCCAAUUGAAAAAGUUGCUCAUUUGAGCUGUCACUUGCUUGCUGCUUGACACAAUUCGAGUUUGUUGGUGUUGGGUACCCCCUUGUACAAUUAAAUCACCCAUUUGUGCACUGGGUGGGGUGGGUCAUUCCAACUCAAAUCACAUUUAGGCAGUUACAUAUUUAUUUCUUACUUGGGAAAAAUGUGUACGGAACUAUUUAAUAGUGCCGAAAAGUCCAAUUAAAUCACACUAUUGCGCAGUCACGAGUUGCUUGUUAGAAUUAGUCGGACACAAUCAUUGAUGCUAAAAUAAAAGAAGUCUCACAUAUGUAUCAUCACUUGUUACUUGGCAUAAUUCAGAGAAACAGAAUUAACAGGUUACGUACAUAUGAAGAAAGCAUUUGACACAUUUUGUCAAAAACAUCUUUCAGGACAUCAUUCUGGACACACCACAGCCCGACUACUUGCUC